AUGCUGAAAAGCUGGAAGCAAGCUUACUUGAAGACUCGGGAGGACAUCGAGGAGUCUGGCAAAGGGACGCGCUGGGAAUUCGAUCAGAAGCGACUGUUCAAGAGCACCGAGUACAUCGCCUCCGUUUGCGACGGCCUGAACCAAGUGGCGAACGUUCUCCAAGACUUUCACAACAUCUUCGGACCGGAAUUGAAAUCGAUCAUCAGCGACCCGGCACAAAUCGACACCGUGGUCAAACGAGUCGACAGACUGAUCCUCCCGAUUCUGGAGGCGGACUACAACGUCUUCGACGAGUACAAUCAAGAGAAUUGGGAAGCCACUAUCUCGUUGUUCUUCGAGGAGGUACAUUUCCUGGAGAACGAGGCCAAGUUCUUUAUCGACGAGUGCUUCCUGGCGUUGAUGAACGCGGAGGACGGGCUCGGGAUGUUGCUCAAGUUCAAGGUCAUCAAGACCAGAGACACUAUCCAUCAGCAUUUGUUGAGGAAGUUUGACGUUAUCAUGCAACAAUUUAGCAAAGAGGUCAGCACCGUCGAGGGGAUAUUUAACAGAGGGAAACGAAAUCCACCAUUGUUAACAUACCAUACACCGAUGGCCGGGGCAAUCUACUGGAUCAGACAACUGUUCCAUCGUCUGAGAAAGUCGGUCUUGAUCUUCCAAAACGUUCCGGAGUUGAAGCACAGCAAGCUGAAGAUUCUGGCCUUCAGCCAAUACUACGAGGUGUCGAGGCAAAUGAAGAAGUUCGAGGAAUCAAAAUACCAAUCAUGGGCAGAGAAGGCCCAAUUCGUCGUGAUAAACACCAUGAAAAGGAGCAUCUUGAAGAUGGCACGUUCCGAACCGGACAAAGGUUAACAAUGUCCCGUUAUUGUAUUCCAGAAUGAAACAAUCAUCG